GAUUGGGCAGUAGCAGCAAAUUUCGGCAUCAAAGAGAGAGCAAGAGAGACAGAAAAUUUUUUUUAAUGCUUUCAGGAUAGUAAUGGACCAGAAGCUGAGAAUAGUUUGCAAUAUCACAGCAACAACGAAGAGUUUUUCUGCCGCUUUUUACUAUCUUUCCACAAGUUAUAAUCAGCUUCCAGCAAAAUACCGGAUUGAAUAUGUUCUUCAAGUUAUUCAGGCAGGAUAUUACCCCAUUCUUGCUGUUGUUGGGGUGCCGGUUAAUGUAUUGACGAUGAUCAUCCUGUGCCGGAAAAUGUGCGGUCUUUCAAAUUGUAUCACUCGCUACCUCUUGGCUAUGGCUGCGGCAGACUUACUGGUGGUUAUAAUCGAUCUGAUACUGAGACAUAUUCCGAUUGUUUAUCUGGAGCAGUUUACUUUCAUCAAGUCCGUCCCCUUAUGCAAUAUCCAUGCUGUUCUGCUGUAUGCAGCAACCGACUGUUCUGUCUGGUACACUGUUGCUUUCACCUUUGAUCGAUUCAUGGCAAUUUGUUGUCAAAACCUGAAAAUUAAAUUCUGCACUAAAAAAACUGCGACCAUGAUUUUAACAACAGUAACUGUAUUGAGCUGUUCAAAAAACAUUACCUGGUAUUUUAUACUAACAGGUUGGUAUCGGCUGUGGAAUGAACCAUGGUUUUGUGAAGUAACAGAUAAUGUUCAGUUUUCUCAUUUCUGGGGAUCAAUCGAAUUCCUUCAUUACAUUCUAACCCCUGGGAUACCAUUCGUUCUGAUCCUGCUGCUCAAUGCUUUAACCAUCAGACACAUUGUCGUGACGAACAGAGCCCGGAAGAGACUGCAUGUUCACAACGUUGGGGCAAGAAACAAAGACGUAGAGAUGGACAGCAGAAGGAAAUCCAUCAUCUUGUUAUUUUUUAUUUCGGCAAAUUUCAUCCUCUUAUGGGCAGUGUUAAUGGUGUAUUCCACAUGGGACCGGCUGUGGGAGUUAGGAUAUCGAGUUUUGUUUCUUGAUUAUUUUGUGAUGGAACUCGGCUUUAUGCUGCAACUCCUCAGUUGUUCCACAAACACCUGUAUUUAUGUGAUGACACAAGCUAAGUUCAGAAAUCAGUUCAAACAGUUCCUGAGAUAUCCCUUCACUGCAAUUCUUCAACUCAUUGAAUAA